GCUCUGGCGAUGACGUAAGAUCGAGGCGCCACGCAGGAGAGUCGCUGGCGCGGAAGAGCCGCCGGAGCUUAAGGGUCUGGGCGUCCCGGGUACAGAGGCGGCGCCGGCGUCAUGGCGGUGCUGCUGGAGACCACUCUGGGGGACAUCGUUAUCGAUCUGUACACGGAGGAGCGGCCGCGGGCUUGCUUGAAUUUUCUGAAGUUGUGCAAAAUAAAGUACUACAAUUAUUGUCUCAUUCAUAAUGUACAGAGAGAUUUUAUUAUACAGACUGGUGAUCCUAUGGGUACUGGCCGAGGAGGAGAGUCAGUCUUUGUACAACUGUAUGGUGAUCAAGCAAGGUUUUUUGAGGCAGAAAAAAUGCCAAGAAUUAAGCACAAGAAAAAAGGCACAGUAUCUAUGGUGAACAAUGGCAGUGAUCAACAUGGAUCUCAGUUUCUUAUUACCACAGGAGAAAAUCUAGAUUACCUUGAUGGUGUACAUACAGUAUUUGGUGAAGUAACGGAAGGAAUGGAUGUAAUCAAGAAAAUUAAUGAGACUUUUGUUGACAAAGACUUUGUGCCUUAUCAAGAUAUCAGGAUAAAUCAUACAGUGAUUUUAGAUGAUCCAUUUGAUGAUCCAGCUGGCUUAUCAAUUCCUGAUCGAUCGCCAGAACCAACCAAGGAACAAUUAGAUAGUGGCCGAAUAGGAGCAGAUGAAGAAAUUGAUGAUUUCAAGGGGAGAUCAGCUGAAGAAAUUGAAGAAAUGAUGGCCGAGAAGGAGGCAAAAACUCAGGCUAUUCUUCUAGAAAUGGUAGGAGAUUUACCUGAUGCAGAUAUCAAACCUCCAGAAAAUGUCCUAUUUGUGUGCAAAUUGAAUCCAGUAACCACAGAUGAAGAUCUGGAAAUAAUAUUCUCAAGAUUUGGGCCCAUAAAAAGUUGUGAAGUUAUUCGUGACUGGAAGACGGGAGAAUCUCUUUGUUACGCAUUUAUUGAGUUUGAAAAGGAAGAAGAUUGUGAAAAAGCCUUUUUCAAAAUGGAUAAUGUGCUUAUAGAUGACAGAAGAAUACAUGUAGAUUUUAGCCAGUCUGUUGCAAAAGUUAAAUGGAGAGGGAAAGGUGGAAAAUAUACCAAGAGUGAUUUUAAGGAAUAUGAAAAGGAGCAGGAAAAAUCUAAAUUUGCUCUCAAAGAUAAAGUAAAACCCAAACAAGAUACAAAAUAUGAUCUUGUGCUAGAUGAAGAAAUGGAAGACUCUAAAUCAAGUCACUCACACUCAAGUAAAAAGCAUAAGAAGAAAACUCGUCACUGUUCUGAAGAGGAUUAUACAACAGUGAAAAAUUCUAAGGAUUCCAGCUGGGAGAGGCAUCAUAGGAGACAUGAAGAAGAGUAUUGUAAAGAGAAGCGGAAGAGCGAAAAAAGCGAGAGACCUCAGAGCCGCAGCCGCAGUCGAUCUCGGGACAGAGACGGCUACCGUAGCAACAGUAAAUCUAAACACCGAACAGAACCCCGCGAAAGAGAAAAGGAUAAAAAGAGGGACAGAAGCAGAAGCCCAAAGAAAGCCAGAGACAAAGAAAGAUCUAGGUACAGAUGAAGGAAGAUACCUCCGAAAGUGGCUUUUAAAUUUUCUCUAGUGUGACUGAUCAUGCUAAUUAAGGAUUUGUACAGCCCUGAAUCAGAGAAGUCAGAAACUGUUCUUACUUUUUAUUUGCUUAAAUCUUUCACUGAAGUAUCUAGACAUUUUCAAUUAAUAAAAAGUAUACAUGAUCGUGAAAGACUCAAUAAAAGAUUUUUAAAAUUUU